AAGGCAAACAGUGUAAAAUGUGAAAUACAACUACCAUUCUUACGGACAUUUUUGGAGACUGGUAAUGAAAAUUAACUUUUCUAUUUGAUAGAAUAGGUAUUGUUGAGUCAUAUCUGUUCUAAAUAAAUGUUUAAUGUCUAAAUUAAAAAUAAAAAGUUUAAAAUAUUAACACAAAAACACUAUUAGCUCAAGGAAAUGUAAAAAAAAAAAAGGUGGGUGUUAGUAUGUACAGGAUACACGUGAACGCAGCACAACCCCGGGAUUCAACCAAUCAGAGAAGAGCUGACUUUUUAAGUUUGAAGAGACCGGACAUGCUCCCAGCAGUCACCGCAGCUUCUGUGUGUUAACGUACCGUUCCAAAAAAAAAACUCAUUUUCUGUGUUUCGGUGGGGAAUUAAUUCGCCAGACUGUCCACCAAAAUAAGCCCUGCGAUGCUUUUGAUGUGACGUGCGGCCUUCAGCAAAGCAACAAACGGCGUGGAAACCAUAUCAGUUGUAGAAAUCCCUCUGGGGUCUUUCACUUUGAACCCAGCUGGUCUGCAGAAUGGAUGGAAUAGAGGCUUUGCAGAACUCUGCAGAAACCAAAGCAGAGCGAAUCGCUCGCUACAAGGCGGAGCGAAAGAGGGAGCUGGCGGAGCGCUACGGCAACACAGAGGAGUUCACCUCCAAAUAUGUCCGAAGGGACAGAAAGAUUGAAGAGCCAACUGAAGCGGUGUCUUCAACAGCCAAAGAGAACAAUAAAACAUAUGACGACAAAGCAGAGCAAGAAUAUACCGUAAGGAGCCGCAGGAUUAAAGCUUCAGAAACUGUGGCGGAUGUUCCUGUCCGGGAAAAGAUUUCUGUGGAAACUGUUUCAUCCACAAAAUCUUCUUCUCAUUGCAGGCUGCUGGAAACACAAGAGCCCGAGGCUGAUGAGAAGCCGGUAGAGACUGCCAAGAAGAAUGCAACAUUCAAGUCCGAUGUUAAGGAACAGGAGAGACUGGAGGAUGGAAACGAACGUCUGCAGGAUAAAUUAAAGCCGUUUACCAGAGACGAAAAGGAAACUUCCACUAGCUUUUGUACGGCAGAUGUUAAAAAGGCGAUGGAAGAUUCCACAGAGGAAACUUCGAUAGAUAAAGAAAAAACUGAAGCAACUAUAAAGGAAAAGCUUCCCACUUCCAUCCCAGACAGAGAUGUUCCACCCGGCGAGGACGGAGACACCUCGCCUUCCUGCCGCUCUCCAUCCUCGCCGCUACACCAAGACUCUGGGCCUCAAGGCAUCAGGGGGAUUUUGAAGAAAAGCCGCUCCACCAGCGUGGAGUCCGACCAAAGUGAGGAUCUCCCAUCGGAGCAUGUGCAGAGACGCAUCAGCCUGAGUCACCUGGAGAGUGAGGAGGAGGAGGAACAGGAGGAGGAAGAAGAGGAGGAAGAAGAAGAAGAGGAGGAGGAGGAUGAGGAUGAUCUUCCAGACGGUGGGGGCUUCAGCCGGGUCAGAGCGCCCAGGGAUGACAGCAGCAGCAGGGAGAGCUCAGAGGAGAUGCGGAGCACCUCGCCUGAUGAGAGCCUGGAGAAGACCUCCACCAUGUCUGAAGAUGUGGACGAGCUAGAAAACAGUCUGGAUGAAAGCACCGGCUCGCUGCUUAAACAAAGACUUGCAGAACUAUCUAGUGGAGAAGAUGAGAAAAAAAGCAAGAAAUCAAAACCGGCUGACACGAUCCAAACGUCGCUGGCUGACCGCUUCAACAAACUCCAGGACUCUGAAAACGCCUGGAAGAAGAAGAGGUCCAACGUUGACCCGGGGCCCAAGGUGUCCCUGGCAGACAGGAUGAAGAUCCUCAAGGAGAAGGAGGAGCAGUGGAAGAGCAAAGGCAAAGGAGCCGCCAACGACUCGGUCCAGUUCACCGUGGCUGGACGCAUGGCCAAAAGGGGUCUGGUUUCAGACACGGGAAAGGACGCCUCACCGAUCAUCUCUUCUAAGAAGGCGACCGCCACGCCCGUCAAACCGCUCGAAGAAAUAUCCAGCAGGACUGACGUCAAAGUGGAAGGAGAUAAACGCCUCGACAAGCUGGAAUCCUUCUUAGACAAGCUUCACAGUAAAGGUUCGGGCAAAAGCAAGACAUCCACCAUCGAGGUGACCACGGAGAACGAGAAGGAAGUCAUGACGCUGGAUGACGAGGAGACCUUUGGCAACUUCUACAAACCCGUCUCACCCUCGACCCUGCUGGACUCCAGUGUGAUUUUGACAGAGGAGGAUCUGAGUCAGGUUCAGGCCACAACACCAAAGCUCUCCUCAACCGUAGCAGAACACAAGCGAGCAGUUCGACCGGCCAGAAAGAACCAAGGAUCCAGAAACCCUCUGCGGGCGCUCGCUGCUCGCAAUGACAUCCGGCAGGUCUACACGGAGCAGAGGCUGAACGUGGCCUCGGUGGAAACCAAGAGGAUCCAAGUGGAGCGCAUGGCCAAACACUCCAAUCUGUCCGACGUGGCCUUGGCGGGCCUCGCCAGCAAGGAGAACUUCCGCAAGGUCAACCUGCGCAGUGUGAAGUCCACAGAUGUUGUGACCAACAACAGCACUCUGCCUUUCCACAAGCUCAUGCUCAUCCGGAUCAAAGGUAGGAGGCAUGUGCAGGUGCGCUUGGUGGAGCCCACGGCGCACUCCCUGAACAGCGGCGACUGCUUCCUCCUCAUAACCCCAAAGCACUGCUUCAUGUGGAGCGGAGAGUUCGCCAACGUCAUAGAGAAAGCGAAGGCCUCGGAGAUGGCGUCGUUCGUUCAGACCAAGCGUGACCUCGGCUGUAAAGCCUCUCAGGUGACGAUCCUGGAGGAGGGCAUCAACGCCGAGAGCAGAUGGGCCAAGGAGUUCUGGAGCCUGCUGGGAGGGAAAACUAAAUAUAGAGGGGCGGGGGAGCCGGAGGAGGACGAGCUUUACGAGAACGGCGUGCUGGACUCGAAUGGCGUUUACAGGCUCCAGGGAGACAAGCUGGUCCCUCAUGAAGAAGCCUGGGCCUCCAUCCCCAGCGUGUCCCUGCUCAACUCUAAAGAGGUCUUGGUGUUUGACUUUGGGGGUGAAGUCUACGUGUGGCACGGGAAAGACGUGCCCUUAGGGGACAGAAAAGUAGCUGUCAAGCUGGGCAAGCAGCUCUACACCGGCACCUACGACUACAGCAACUGCAGAGUCAACCCGUUAGACGCCUCCUGCACCAACGAUGGCGCUCCACAAAAGGGGGAGGGGCGUCCCAGCUGGACUCUGUUCGGUCGGCUUUCGGAGCACAACGAGACGUCGCUGUUCAGGGAGAAGUUUCUGGACUGGGCGGAGAGGAAGAAGGAGGAGGGCGCUCAAGCAGAGGAAGUCAAGAGCCCGGACCACUCCAUGCCCCGCUCCCCCCUCGACUUGGACCUGCAGCCCUGCGACGCCAAGGCCUUGCUGGAUAACGAGCCGGCGCCCGUGAAGACGCUGCUGGAGGGCGUGGACGUGCAGCGGGGCCACGGCCUGGUGAGGACGGAGGACGGGAGGCAGGCGGAGCUGGCCACCGUGGCCGUGGAAGCCUGGCACAUCCGGGAGCACGGCGAGGAGGAGCUGCCGGAGGACAGCCUGGGCCAGCUGCACGAGGCGGACGCCUACGUCAUCCGCUGGAAGUACUCCAUCACCACACUCGUCGGGAAGCGGCAGAAACCCGGAGAGCUGAGCGCCGGAGCUCCAGGUCGGGAGAGGACGGCUUGUUUUUUCUGGCAGGGCCGUCAUUCCAGCAUCAGUGAGAAAGGAACGUCGGCUCUGAUGACGGUGGAGCUGGGCAGCCAUCGAGGCUCGCAAGUGUUGGUAAGUCAGGGAAAGGAGCCCCCCUGCUUCCUGCAGCUCUUCCAGGGAGGUUUAAUCAUCCACAAGGGCGGCAGAGAGGACGGCGCCAACAACACAGAGGGCUGGAGGCUGUUUUGCGUCCGGGGGGAGGCUGAGGUGGAGGCCUCCCUGGUGGAGGUGAGCUGCCAGUACGCCAGCCUGCGUUCCCGCGCCAGCUUGGUGCUGCUCAACGCUCAGAACGGCCAGCUUUACAUGUGGCACGGAUGCAAGGCGCAUGCUAACGCCAGGCUGGUGGCCAAACGCGCCGUGGACAAGCUGACGCAGAGGUGUCCCGGGGAGUUAGGACUGAGCGGCAGCAGGAAGGUGAAAGUUGUGGAGGUGGAGGAAGGAUCGGAACCGGAAGAGUUUGCGAAGGCUUUAGGCCCGCAGGAUAAAAAAGCUUACGACUGCAUGCUGCAAGAUCCAGGGAAGUACAACCACACUCCUCGGCUCUUCAGACUGAGCGCCAAGUCUGGGCUGUUUGGGGGAGAGGAGGUGCUGUAUCCCGCCAGGGUGAUGGAGGGCGUCAUGGCGAUGCCGUUUCUCCAGGAAAACCUCUACUCUGUGCAACAGCCAGCCUUGUUUCUGCUGGACAACCGCAUGGAGGUGUAUCUGUGGCAGGGCUGGCAGCCCGAAGACACGCAGUGCACCGGGUCCGCAGAAAUCCGCUGGGACAACGAGAGGAAGUGCGCCAUGGAGACCGUACUGCAGUACUGCAAAGAGAAGAAUCCUCGGCGCCCCCCUCAGGCCUAUCUGGUCCUAGCAGGCUGUGAACCUUUGACGUUCACCAACAUCUUCCCCUACUGGGAGAAGGACUCCAGCAUUCCCGUGAAGGCCGUAGGCUCAAAGACUAGAGUGGUCCUGGUGAGGGAAGCCCUCUCCAAGCUCAGCAAACAGCAAUACUCCAUUGAGGAGCUGACCCGGAAGCCUCUGCCAGAAGGGGUGGACCCCCUCCGCCUCGAGGACUACCUGUCUGAUGAGGACUUUAAGACACUUCUGGAGAUGAGUCGAGUUGAGUUCAACGCUUUGCCAAACUGGAAGCAGAAGAACCUGAAAAAAAGUAAAGGUUUGUUCUAAAAACAACAAACUAAAAGUCACUUUGUACACCCUGUUUCUAUUUCCUAUGUCUGUCAUAGAUAUCAUCUCAUUUGUUGUAAAAACCCUCGCGUCGCAUUCAUGUACAAUUUUGUUUAAAUGAUUCCUGUUUAAUAUUUUAACCCGUUUUUAAUGUUCUGCCAAUGAAACAUUUUAGGGAACAAUUGUAAUUAUUCUUUUUAUCUUCCUGUCUGUCAUUUAUCAUUGCUGCCUUUACACUAUAAAUAUGUAAUAUACUGUUUUAUAUUUACUCAGACAUGUUCAGUGUUUUUAAUGUAAUUCUAGGCUUAGAAAUGACUUCAGACGUCAAGAAAAAUUUUAAAUAAAGCAAAAAUUAGGUUUUCUAAUUUGAAGGCAUUAAAAGAUUUUUUUUUUUGCAAAUCUCCAAUGUGCACAAAACUAGUAUUGAGCUUUUUGGGGAUCUUAAACACUUCCUGGGUCAGUGCCUCUGCUUGUUUGGGACCAAGUGUCGUGACUUUGUCUUGUUUUAGAUGUUACGUGCGAACUAAAAAGUAUUAGGUGUCCGGAUGAGAGGGGAUAAACCUGUUUAUUACCUAUGAACCUGUCUGUGUCCAGGAGAAGCUUCUGCAGUAUUGGACUCAUUUGUUGUAUUAUGUUUUUAUUUUUCUGGUUUUAAAAUCUUGAGAAUUCCACAUGAAUUAAAAAAAAUAUUUGUAAAAA